UGAACCUCAUAAGUCGUUCGAAAAGGAAGAACUUUUACAUGUCUAUAAAAGAGGACUUGUCCUAACGAAUUCUCAUUGAGUGUUGAAAAGUCGCUUUCUGCUUUGGAACGUUGAGAAGCAGAAGAAAAGGGAAGGUUGGUAUCAUAAAAUGGAAAGCAAGCAACAGAGCAUGAAGCAAAACAGCAGCAUGGAGACAGAGACAGAGUUUGAGGACUUGCUACCAGUCAUGGCAGAGAAGCUUGAUGUGGAAUCCUUUGUUUCAGAACUCUGUGGAGGUUUCAAGCUUCUAUCAGACCCAGAAACAGGUUUGAUAACGAGUGAGAGUCUGAGGAGAAAUUCAGCUCUUCUUGGCAUGGAGGGCAUGACUAUGGAGGAUGCAGAUGCCAUGGUUAGACAAGGAGAUCUUGAUGGAGAUGGAAAGCUUAAUCAAACUGAAUUUUGCAUUCUCAUGAUCAGACUCAGCCCUGGAAUCAUGGAACAUGCUGAGGCAUGGCUGGAAAAGGCAAUUCAUCAAGAACUCAGCAAGUCCUCAGCUUAGAUAUGUUAUUCUUGUUAUUGAUCCUUCUGUCAUCAUGUAUCAGAAUCUUAUCUGGUUUGAUCUGUGCUGCAAUUCAUGAAACUCUUGUUUGUCUUCAAGGGGUGUUCAUUAUUAAUGAAAUGAGUUUCUCCAAACAAUAUGAUCAUCAAAUGAUAGCCAAUAACAGAUAAAUUUUGAAUCUUUUUUUUCUGUUA